UGUAUUCAUAUAUAACGCGCAUGCUUUUCCUAAAUCACAAUUCCAUAAGGUUUCUCCACAUUCCUGCUUCUUCUCCAUAGACGUGGGCGUUUCCAGAGAAAGUCCCAUUUUCCAGCUGCUAUUCUCCUUGGAGUCUGUGCUUACUGUUUUACAGUCGCAAUUAGUAAUCGCAGAUGAAAUAAAAAACGAAUGUAAAACAAACAUUAUUCUCUCAAGGGAAAACACCCGUCAAUCCACGACCCCCUGAAGAUGCCGUUUGAGCUGUCAGUCACACUGAAAUGACUGUUUAUUAACACGCCAUUAAAAUGAGUUGAACAUGAUCUUUCUGAGUGGAUUUAAAUGAACUAAGCCUUCUCGCGCUGCCCACUUUAUAGUCUCAUCAUUAUGCCUCAGCCGUGAUUUAUGCUGGCAAAUUGAACGCCGUACGGCAAUCCUAGGCCAUAAACACCUCAAAAGUAAUUUUUGUGAUAUUUAAGAGCGAUUUUUGUUUAGAGGCGGCGCUUGCUGGCAACAGAGUAACGUCGCAACGCCACUUUUUUCAAUCCCAGUAAAAGAGUUUGAGCAGGAGCAGAGUUGUGUAUAUGUAGCAGGGGGGUCCGGCUGCAUCUGGGGGGUGACUGCUGAUUUUCAGCGCAUUUAUUUUAUUUUAUUUUUUCUAUUUUAAUUUCUCAUUCUUUUCCUUCGGGAAAUCCACCGCACGCGCGCACACGCUGAUAUAUAUUUUGGACGUACACAUUUCUCGUGUAGACCAUGAACAAACUCUAUGUGGGCAAUCUGAGUCCUUCGGUGACCGUGGAGGACCUGAAGCAGCUCUUCGGCGAGAGGAAGCUGCCCGUGACCGACCAGGUCCUGCUCAAAUCCGGCUAUGCCUUCGUGGACUUCCCCGACCAGAACUGGGCGAUUAAAGCCAUCGAGACGCUCUCCGGGAAAGUUGAAUUACAUGGGAAAGUGAUCGAGGUCGACUACUCUGUUCCUAAAAAAUUGAGGAGUCGGAAGAUUCAGAUCCGGAACAUUCCUCCUCAUCUCCAGUGGGAGGUUUUGGACAGCUUAUUAGCACAGUAUGGUACUGUAGAAAAUGUGGAGCAAGUUAACACUGACACUGAAACAGCAGUGGUGAAUGUGACGUACUCGACGAAAGAGGAGGCUAAAGUAGCUGUGGAGAAGUUAAUAGAACAGACGUUUGAGGAUUACUCCUUUAAAGUGUCUUAUAUCAUGGAUAUGGAUGCUGCUGCAGCUCUGCCUGGGACCCGGAAUCGCCGGGGGGGAAGGACCUCACGGGAGCAGGACUCUCAGCCUGGGACGUCUGGAAGCUCCCUGGGAUCCCGGCAGAAGCAGCCAGAUUUCCCCCUGCGCAUGCUGGUGCCCACACAGUUUGUGGGAGCCAUCAUUGGCAAAGAGGGACUCACAAUCAAGAACAUCACCAAACAGACGCAGUCGAAGGUGGACAUCCAUCGCAAGGAGAACGCAGGAGCGGCAGAGAAACCCAUCACCAUUCACUCCACCCCUGAGGGCUGCUCCACCGCGUGCCACAUGAUCAUGGACAUCAUGCAGAAAGAGGCUGUAGACACAAAGGUAACUGAGGAUAUUCCUCUGAAGAUCCUGGCCCACAACAGCCUGGUCGGAAGACUGAUCGGGAAAGAGGGCAGAAACCUGAAGAAGAUUGAAGAGGACACAGAGACCAAAAUAACCAUCUCCUCUUUACAGGACUUAACGAUUUAUAACCCGGAGAGAACCAUUAUAGUGAAGGGGAGCAUCGAGGCCUGUUGUAGGGCCGAGGUGGAGAUCAUGAAGAAGCUGAGGGAAGCCUACGAAAACGACGUUGCUGCUAUUAACCAACAAUCCAACCUUAUCCCUGGGUUGAGCCUGAGCGCCCUGGGCAUCUUUUCAACCGGUCUGUCAGUGUUGCCACCAGCUGCUGGACCCAGAGGCAUCCCACCCGUACCCCCAACCGGCUACAACCCUUUUCUUGGUCACUCAUCACAGCUGGGUGGUCUGUACGGCGUCCCACCUGCCAGUGGCAUCUCUCACCAGCACACAGCUCCUGAACAGGAGGUGGUCUACCUCUUUAUUCCAACUCAGGCUGUUGGUGCUAUUAUUGGCAAGAAGGGCCAACAUAUAAAACAACUGGCGCGAUUUGCAGGAGCCUCUAUUAAGAUCGCUCCCGCAGAGAGUCCUGAUGUCACUCAGAGGAUGGUCAUCAUCACUGGCCCACCAGAAGCUCAGUUUAAGGCGCAGGGCAGGAUAUUUGGAAAACUGAAAGAGGAGAACUUCUUUACUGCAAAAGAAGAAGUAAAGCUGGAGACGCAUAUAAAAGUGCCAUCUUCAGCAGCUGGGAGGGUUAUAGGGAAAGGAGGGAAAACGGUGAACGAGCUGCAGAACUUAACCAGUGCAGAGGUCAUAGUGCCACGGGACCAAACCCCAGACGAGAACGAUGAAGUGUUUGUCAAAAUCAGUGGACAUUUCUUUGCCAGCCAGACUGCACAGAGGAAAAUCAGGGAGAUCAUCCAGCAGGUGAAACAACAGGAGCAGAAGCACCAGCAAGGCGCACCCACAACACCCCGCUCCAAGUGACCAUCAGGGCAGCCCCAGCGGGCACCUGCCAAUGAAUGUAGCCCUCCCAACUGGAACCAGACCAGACCGGGCACAGGGGACCGGCCGGGCAGACCAGCAGCCGUGGGAUCAAAACCAAAGAACUUCUUUCUAGGGGAGAUGAAGGAGCCACAGGCCGAAGGGCUCUGAAUGCACUGCCAGCUUGGGGAGGGAGGGACGGGGAGAGGGAACGCCAGGAAGACAAUUGUUCAAAAACAACCCUGAGUAUGAGAAGAACAGGUAAUGGGGGAAAUCACGCUCACCCCAUUUAACAAUUUUCUUUAUAACCUCCUUAAUUUAGGCUUAAUCUAGGGUUAACACAGAUGAGAAGCUCCAUUAACACAUGUACACUGAUGCAUUUUGACUGAGUUGUGUUGCUGUUUUCUUGGGUAGGUAAAGUGGGUGUGCACUAGCAGAUGGUAACCGAUUUUAGUUUUUUUCAGAUUGCUAUUUCAAUGAUCCUCAGCAGUAUUCAAUACACUAGAACAAAAUACUGUUUUACGAAGCGGGAGUUCGGUUCUGGCACAAGCCAUCGAGCGUGUAGUGCACAUAUUUUCAAUUUCUUUUGACGAUGGGACGUGAACGUUGGGAAAUGUUAAUGAAGAACGUUUACUCUUAUCUUAGUCUGCAUUUCAGGAUACAUAUAGCGCCACAGAUUUUUGUUACUUAGGCCUGUGCGUGGCGUCGGAUGCCGUUGAAACAUUUCUUACUUUCGUUUUUUUAGCUUUUAUCGUUUGUACUUCUAUUCAGCUCUUACACUCCCUUUUCAUUUUCGUUUUUUACACCAGUGUUUUUUGCAGUUGGUAAAUUUUACCUCUGCCAUGUUAUCAUGGCGAAAGUCAUUGCGAGACGGGCUUGGUAUGUAGUAGUUUUGAAUUCAAAAGUCACCACCCCCUUGUUUGUUUUAGGGGGUAUGAAAACAAUGUAAAGCAAAGCAAGCACCAGCGUCUGAAAGACAGUGCACCUUUACUGGCUUGGGCAGAAGCGAAAUGGAAUGUGCAUCAAGAACUCUGCCUUAAUCUAUGCUGAAAAGACGGGCAACUCAAAAUGUGAUUGGAGAGUCAGGUUGAUGUAGGACAAGGAGGCACCUGUGGUACACACAUGACCGCGUUUGGCUUUAAAUCUCUGUCAGGGAGCUUUCUAAAUGGCAUGACAGCUGUGAAUGUACAAUAAGCAGCCUUUUAGAAAGCGCACCACCCUGUCAUGUUCAGUGAGCUAGUUGGUCAGGAAGAUGGUAUUCUUAUAUUCCUUUGUGGGGAAACUGAGCAAUUUUUUUAGUAGGACGUGCAGGCAAGGAUGUCCCUUUGUGCUUUAUUUUUAAAAUUUUUCUUCUUUUUUGACCAUGGAAGCUUGUGGCCUUAAACGUCACCGGUCUAUGACAUCACAGACAGCUCCCUCGCCCAACGAGAGCUAAGCCUCAUCUUCCAGACAUAAGGUUUAUGCCAAUACGCACAGCUUCCAUUUGUGUGUAUGCGUGUCUGUAUAUAGAUAUAUAUAUAAAGAGAGAGAAAUAUUUAUGAAUCUAUUUUUUGUUUCCUAUUUUGUGACGAGAGCUAUUAAAAGACAAACAACUCUCUCUUUUUUUUGGAACACUGCCAUGUUUCUCUGAAGGGAAGUGUUUAUUUUCUUGGAAGUAGACUAUGAAUAUUGGUAGUAAACUAACAGUAAGAACAGUAAUGAAUCGCCGCAACACUUUGAUCAGAAUGCGAUCGCUGCGCAUGUCAGUAUUGUGAUCUACCUCAGGCGUCAGGGUACCUCAAUCCAAUCCCAGUUUCCCUUUUGUUCCACCCCACAUUUUGUAUACCUUGUAAACUGAAAGUUUUAAACGGUUUCUUUUAAAUGGUGAUGAUAAUAAUAAUAAUAAUAAUAAUUAAAAAAUCUAAAACGUUAAAAAACGGAUCUUGUCUUCAGGUCUAUCUAACAAAGAGGAACAGAUCUUAAAGCUUUCUAAACUUUGUGAAGUUGCUGGGUUCUUCAACCUCAUCAUUUGUAAAAUAUGUAAGGGCUUAUUCACACAGAAUGCGUCUUUGCUCAGGGUUGUUGUUUUUUUUAAAGUGCAGUGUCAAGCAUAAGCAUAUCUGGACACAGCUAUUGAGUGACUGUAAAAUGAAACUUGCAAUACUUGCCCCUCCCACCAGUUCUUCUGAUGGGUCAACUGAUUUGGAUCUGAUGCCGAUGAGUACUUUGCGCAAAAGUAAAAUUUUUUAAAUUUGACACUGCAUCCAAAAAAAGCAGCGCUCGUGUGCGGCGCACCUAAAGAUGCAAACAUAACGAUCAUUUAAGUUCGUCAAGUGCACUGACUGAAAAAC